AUGCCCGUCAAACAUAUCGGACGGUGUCAAUCCGGCAGCCAGCGCACCGCCCGCAGGAACCAGACGUGGACGGGACAGGCGCGUUCCGAAGCUGUCAACAGCCGUGGCGGUGCUCGAGGGGAUGCGGCUUGGGGAGGCGUGCCAGGGCUGCAGCCACAACAGCGGACCAAUCAGACCCGGGCCUCUGGCUCCACCUCUGCGACGAAGACCCCACACGGCGAGUCGCAGGUUGAGGGAGCCGUGCUGGUUGAGCUACAGGCAAGGCCGUGGCGAGAGCCUCCUCAUGCUCCACCCAUGAAACCCCAGGAACCAGCCCGUGGUGGCAGGGUGACUGGCAACAGACCACCUCGAUUAAAGCCUGCUUGGAAAGCUCAGGACUCGACGACAACAUUCUGCGUCAUCUUUACCGAGACGACGAUGGCUCCCGCACACAUGGAAAUGGACGCAGGCUUCAGGCUCAGGCGCGCCAGAACAGCCAGGGGCGUGAAGGAUCUGGACCGCGAUGCGCUGCGGCGCAGGCAGGCACAGGACGCCCAGGAGCCUCGCUCAGAUGACGACGAGAAGAAGGUUCCCAAGGAACCCAAGUCGCCAGACUCGCCUACCUCGCCUGGCACACCAAAGUCCUCCACGGCGCCACCUCCCCAGGCGACGGCACCACCAGCACAAGCAACACCCCCUCCUGCACGGGAGACGGGUCUGCCGCCGCCGCCGCCGCCGCCUUCUCGACCAGGAAACCAGAACCCACAUCCUCCGCCGCCUCCGCAAGCCCCGCCUUCGUCGACAAGCUCGACAAGCUCGACAAGCUCGACAAGCUUGACAAGCUUGACAAGCUCGACAAGCUCAACAAGCUCGACAACUAGCCAGCGCCCGAAUCCUCCCGUGACAACAGUCCCGAUCCCUACUCCGCCUGCUCUGACCAUCAGCACACGACCUGCUCAAGCUACCAACUCGCCGCCUUCUGCGCCAUCUCCUGAUAGGCUACCGCCUCCUGUGCAGAACCCGGCUGAUGUGUCGAGCUCACGACCGUCUAACCCCCCGGUCACGACCGUCCCAUUGCCAGGGUUGUCUACCUCCUCGCAGACGACCAUGGUCGUUUCGGUUGUGCCGACUCCGUCCCCCGACGCGCCUUCGAGCACAAGCCUUCCCUUCAAGGAAACCGCAAUUGCCAUCCAAAAAAGCACCCGUUCAUCUGCGUCUGCGCCUGUGACGACUGCAGGGCCGCAGCUCCAGCUGGGGCCGACUGCGUCCGCCUCUGGUCAGCCGCUGACCUCGACUGUUGAUUCUGGUGUUUCCGAACCUCAACCCACCGACGGUGUUGCUUCGCCUGUUGCGGCCCCGGCGCGGGCGGGCGACGGCGGUGCCGGCCUUCACGCCGGCAUCGCGGUCGGGUCCGUUGCCGGCACCGCCUUCUUCUCUGCCCUGAUGUUCUACGGCUACAAGGUGUACAAGCGGAGGCAAGAUAGCGACUAUCUCAGCAAGCCUUACACGUUGGGCUCUUCCGGUAGCCGGGACGGCACCGCAGGCGGCUCCGCGGCCGUUAUGACUGGUGUGCCUGUGGCAGCUGGUACGGCCAUGGGCAUGCCUGGAACUACCGGCGCCACAAUCGAUCCCAAGACGAACUCGCAGAUAAUGAACGACAUGUUUGCUGCCGUGUACGCCGCCGAGAACGGACAGGGCGGCAUGUACGGCAGCGACUACAACUCGACGGCUUCGGCAGAGUACCCCGCUGAAAAGAAGAUGGAGGUACAGCGGGAGCAAUACCAGGGUCAGGAGCAGGAUUUCCAGACGCAGGAGCAGGGCGGAAGGGGGACUAUUGCCAGCUGGAUCCGUGGCACAAAGACGCCAACUUCCCCGACGCGAGCCUCGUGGACAUCUCGGUUCACGGCGCCCUCCUGGGCUAGGUCCUCGACAGGUUCUACCAUACGCGCCUCGGGCCCCUUUCCCGAAGGCUUCAGGCCCACAUCCCCGCUGCCACCCGUGCCACCGCUUCCUGCCACCGGGACCUACAACACCGGCAACGACGAUCUCGACAGCGUCGACCCUCUCGACAGCGUCGACCCUCUCGUGAACGUGCCCGCCCCUGUAGCCAACCCUAAUGCGGGCAUGGUGUCGCGCUGGUCCGACUCGACUCGCCAAACCCCGCCCUCGCCCUCGACGGUUCGGCAGAGCGAGGCCAUAUCGUACGGCAGCGUCUACAGCAUGUACCAACAGCACAAUAGCGAAACGGACAUUCCCCCCAUGCCGUCCACAUCGAGCCAGUACCACCCUUUCGGCCCUGGGGUUCGUAGGCCUAGCGCAACGCUCCAGAAGCUUCGCACCAACAGCGACGCGGGGCCAACGCCCUCUGAGAACUCGGACCUGGCUUUUGAGGUCUCGCCCCUCUCGCCCGGGUCCGAGGCCGUCACCAAUCAGCCCACCGUCGCGUCACCCGCCAGCUACAAGGCGCCGGCGGAUGGCUGGGAACGUCAAUAAGGCGAAGUAGUCUCAUGUGGUCAUGCCCCCAUGACCCUUUGGCAAGCCGUGUCGUCACAAGGCUUGUCCACACCAUGAUUCCUUCGAUAAAUGUCCUGUUUUUGUAUACUUUUGUUGGAAAAAUUUUGCGCCGACUCGGAUCUUGGCUUAGACUACAGUUUUUUAUAUCCUUUCUUCGUCCUGCGUGCGGGAUGGAUGGCCUCGUCUUAACUGAUCUUGGCCUGGGACGUACCCUAGCGGUCACCCACUGUGGCUGUCGCCGACUUUUUGUUACGAGAAAGGGAGGCGCCUCACCACGCGUAUACCUCUAUGUAUGUAUGCCCGCCUUGUAUGUUUAAUUGGGGUAUUGGAUGGCGGUAUGUACGUUUUACAUGGCAAUGUAAAUGAACUGUCCAUGUUCCGCUGUAUCACUUAGUGCCCGGGCCUGUCU